AUGACUGCUGCGACAAUUGCUUCUUCUGGUGCUGCCGGCGGUGCUGCCGGCGGUGUUGCUGAGACUGGGUCCGGGAACAUUAUCGUUGUUUCGAACAGGUUGCCCGUGACGAUCAAGAAGAAUCCGGACACUGGGGAGUACACGUACUCUAUGUCCUCUGGUGGGUUGGUCACCGCUUUGCAAGGUUUGAAGAAGACCUCUACGUUCCAGUGGUACGGGUGGCCCGGGCUGGAGAUCCCGGAUGACGAGAAGGAGAAAGUCAAGGGGGACUUGCUCGAGAAGUUCAAUGCGAUUCCGAUCUUCCUCAGCGAUGAGGUGGCCGACUUGCACUACAACGGGUUCUCGAACUCGAUCCUGUGGCCGCUGUUCCAUUACCACCCGGGGGAGAUCAACUUUGACGAGAACGCGUGGUUGGCGUACAACGAGGCGAACGCAACUUUCGCGGAGGAGAUCGUCAAGAACGUCCACGAUAACGACCUCGUGUGGGUCCACGAUUACCACCUGAUGUUGCUCCCAGAGAUGCUACGUAACAAGAUCUCACAGAGUGUCAAGAACGUUAAAUUGGGGUGGUUCCUACACACGCCGUUCCCCUCCUCUGAGAUUUAUAGGAUAUUGCCCGUCAGACAGGAGAUCCUCAAGGGGGUGUUGUCCUGUGACUUGCUAGGGUUCCACACGUACGAUUACGCUCGACACUUCCUCUCGAGUGUGCAACGUGUACUCAACAUCAAUACUCUGCCCAAUGGGGUAGAGUACAGGGGCCGGUUCGUCAACGUCGCUGCGUUCCCCAUUGGGAUCGACGUCGACACGUUCACGGACGGACUCAAGACGCAGGCCGUGCGCGACAGGAUCGCUCAAUUAAAGGAGACCUUUAAAGGUUGCAAGAUUAUCGUCGGUGUCGACCGGCUGGACUACAUCAAGGGGGUCCCUCAAAAACUGCACGCAAUGGAGGUGUUCCUCAACGAACACCCAGAAUGGAUCGGGAAAGUGGUGCUCGUACAGGUCGCGGUCCCUAGUAGGGGCGAUGUCGAGGAGUACCAGUACCUCCGUUCCGUCGUGAACGAGCUCGUCGGCCGCAUCAAUGGCCAAUUCGGCACCGUUGAGUUCGUGCCCAUCCACUUCAUGCACCGGUCUGUGCCCUUUGAGGAACUCAUUUCGCUGUACGCAGUGAGCGAUGUCUGCCUCGUCUCCUCAACAAGAGACGGGAUGAACCUCGUGUCGUACGAGUACACCGCCUGCCAGCAGGAAAAGAAGGGCGCGCUGAUCCUCUCGGAGUUCACGGGCGCAGCGCAGUCGCUCAACGGGGCACUCAUAGUCAACCCGUGGAACACGGACGAACUGUCAGACGCAAUCAACGAGGCACUCACUCUGCUACCGGAGAAGAAGAAGGCCAACUGGGAGAAACUGUACAAGUACAUCUCAAAGUACACCUCCGCCUUCUGGGGGGAGAACUUCGUCCACGAAUUGUCCAACACGGGCACCAACAACGUCAGGAAGUGA